ACCCUCUCCCAUUCGCCCAGUUGUCUUGUUGAUCUUUUAACGUAUGCUUUCUUACAGGGGACGAGUCAAUAGUCGCCGAAUGACUGCAUAAAUCUAAUACUCCGUAAUGGAGCAGCCUGAAAAUAGGCUAUCGCCAUACACCACUUGGUCAACUCGGCAGGUCAUUUCAUGGCUUCGAGGUCUUGAUGAUCUAAUUGAACCAUAUUUAUCAGAAUUUGAGGCAAAAGGUGUAACGGGAAAGUGGUUAAACUCUGUCACACCAGAGGAAUUGAUGAAGUUGGGUGUCGUCAAAGUGGGACAUCAGAUGAUCAUACUGGACCGCAUUCACCAACUACAAACCCAAUACGCAUCAUUUGAUAACGAGAAUAUGCAGCUUGUUCUUUUCCGAGUGUCUCGAUCGUGCUUGUGCAUAGUGUCGGCUGUCAAUGCACUCAUGUCUGUCACUGAACGGCAAGAUUGCCGGGACCCCGAUUCAGACAGUGUAUACCCAGGGAUACUAGAUGAUAUUCGUGACGCCGCGUCAUACAUUUUAAACUGCAUUCUCACUCUCAUGUCAGUUGUCAUGAAUGCGGCAUUCUGGUUGGAAAGGCCUCCAUUCAGUGCGUUUUCCGAGUUAAACAGCUUUCGGCAACUGAUGAUUGACAGUGCUUUGGUGACCAAUCGGCAUGCACAGCUAGCGAUAACAACACAAGAUCGAAAUCAUUUUAAGGAGAUGUUGAGUUAUGUUGAAUCUCUGCGCACACGUGUCGAAGAGGUUGUGCAUAACUUCAGCGACUCUGUCUUGUAUACGCCCUGUAGCAUGGAGCUAGUUCAGAUUCGUAAAGUCGAUCACAGAGAAUUUGGUUUCAACUUUUGUUCCAAACAAAACAACGUCCACGUUAUAGUUGCCAUUCAGAAUGAGUCACCGGCUUUUCGUUCUGGCAAGUUGGGUAAAGGUGAUGAAGUUGUUGAAGUGAAUGAUCAGGUUGUGAUUGGAUGGCAACAUCGUCGCGUGGCCAAUUUGAUGCGUCUUGAUCCGAAGCGCAUAACCAUGCGCUUGCGCAGGCGUCCUACGCACGCGACGGAUUUCACCGGAUUUCCUGGAGGAGGUCGGCGACAUCGCCUACUUGUCCCCCAAAAUUCAGCUGCCGUUGCUCUCUCUCAGCAAACCCGCUCCAACUUUUUGCUUGCUCGCGCACCUCGUCGUCGGACCCCCUUGACUUCUCAGCUUGUCAGCGUGCCUUUGAAUGCUACACAUGAGACACCCGAUCAUCAUCAGAUCAUCGCAGCUCCGACGUCAGUUUCCAAUCGGGACGCAUCCGCAUACUCACUGUCUUCUUCCUCGUCCUCCUCUCAGUGCCCUUCCAUGAAGUUGAAUGACUUGCUACAGGCCAUCCCGGAUAAAUUUUCCACGAAGUCCGACUACGGAUCGCAUUCGUUCCCCGCUAUCCGGAUGAUUGCUAGCACACCGAGCACGCCCCUGAUGGUUGCAAGGAAUAAAGUAGAACCAGAGAAGGGGAGGUCCUCCGAUGUGGGAUUGAGUUCGGUGGACAGUCGGGAUGGAUCAUCCUUAGGAUAUAUUCCAAGCUUGAUGUAA